AUGAAUAGAUAUUGGUGGGACUCGGGAGGUGAUAGACGAAUACACUGGAAGGCUUGGGAUAAACUGUGUGUCCCAAAGAAGUAUGGUGGAUUGAGAUUUAAGGAUUUACGUGCAUUUAAUCUGGCAAUGUUGGGAAAGCAGGCGUGGCGAAUGCUCACUAAACCUGACUCUUUAGUGGCUCGUGUCUAUAAAGCCCAGUAUUUCCCUAAGGGAACAUUUUUUGAUACACAGAUAGGAAAUAGCCUCAGUUUUUGUUGGCGGAGUAUUAUGGCAGCAAAGAGUAUAAUUUGUAGUGGGGUCAGACGAAGAAUAGGAAAUGGGGAAACAACAUUUAUAUGGACCCACCCAUGGUUGCAGGAUGAGCACGACCAUAUGAUACAAACGGAAAUGCCAGUACAAUUACAAGGGACCAGAGUAAUGGGAUUAAUUGAUCAACAGACAGGAACAUGGGAUAAUGACAUACUAACAGAUUUAUUCCAACCUGAGGAUGUAGGGCGAAUUAUGAGGAUACCUGUCUCCCUAGACUAUAAUGAUACAUGGUAUUGGCAUGGGGACCCAAAAGGUAUGUAUUCUGUGAAGAGUGGAUACAGGCGGAUAGUGGGGGACUACGAGAGUCAAGGGGGGGAAUUUAUGAAUUGGUUAUCUUUGUGGCGGCUCAAGAUACCCCCGAAAUGGAGAAUGUUUCUUUGGAGAGCCAUUUGUGAUAUAUUGCCCACUACUACAAACUUGCUUAUAAGGAGGGUUGAUGUGAGCCCUUAUUGUGCCAUGUGUGGGAUAUCACAAGAGAAUACAAUGCAUGCUUUAGUCAUGUGUGACUAUGCAAGAAACAUUUGGGAACAAUCUAACCUUACAAUCCCCAACAUUGUCACGAAUAUUUUUCAUGUUUGGUUUGAGGAACUUCAAAAUGUUUUAGAUUCUGAUGGAAUGUUAUAUGCAGCAUCAAUUCUAUACAACAUUUGGAGAGCACGAAAUCGAGCCGUAUGGGAGGCAUGCCUGCCACGGCCAAACUCCCUACUCCGAGCCGCCGUGACCGCCAAAGAUGCAUGGCUCCAGGCACGCCCAAUCCGUCCGCCAGCAGCACUGCCCGCCAAUGCCGUAGCUCACGCUGCCGAGACUGUCCACGACGCUGCCCACGUGGAGACCGCCUUGAUGGCCGGAAAUGUUGUGCCGAAUUUGAGAAGAUGUCGGGUCGACGCAGGGUAUUUACACGAUACGGGAAGGGCCACCGUAGGGGCUGUUUUGUUCGAUGCGAACGGAGAGUAUUUAGCGGCCUUCAAUGCACCGUUGCCAACUUGUUUGACACCUCUUAUGGCCGAAGCUUUGGCAUGCAAAGAGGCUUUAUCGUGGUUGAAGGAGAGAGGGGAGCAGAGUAUUGAGUUAUACACGGAUUGCUUGACAUUGCAACGUUAUCUUGCUACACCAACUGCCGCGUUUCGCUCCUAUGUGGGCUAUGCUAUUGACGGCUGCAAGCAAAUUGCCACUUUAUUUCAGUUUUGUUCAUUUAAUUUUAUUCCUAGAUCAGAUAAUUAUUUAGCUCAUGCAUUAGCUACUACGGCCUAUUAG